GGAGCUGUGGCCACACCUACCAAAGGGCGCCACGUGAUUGGCUGCUGUGUUGGUGGUUACCGAGUCGUCGUGACACAUGUGGCACACGGCCUGUCGUCUGUCGAUCCGUCACAACCGGUUGAUCAGACAACCACUCACACCGUCUCACACCAAACGUCUGACCGACACCUUGGGAGGCCUCCAGCCAUCGCCACACCUGCGCCUGGACAAGUAGCGGACGAUGGCCGUCAGCAGCAUCAGCACAACCUGCGUCCGCUCUAUGAGUAGGGCAACCUUUCCACCCACCACCUUCACCAGGAUGACGCCCUCAGCCCUCGGCAGCGUGGGCCGCAGUUACAAGGACUUCUCCGCCAGCCCCCGAAUUCUCAUCACAGGUGCACUGGGACAGCUGGGGACGGGUCUGGCGAAACUCAUGAGAGACCGUUAUGGACGGGAGAACGUCAUCAUGUCCGACAUCAACAAGCCGACCCGCCAGGUGCUGGAAGACGGACCCUUCCUCUUCGCCGACGUGCUGGACUUCCGAGGGCUGAAGGAGCUGGUGGUCAACUACGAGAUCGACUGGCUCGUGCACUUCUCCGCCCUCCUCAGCGCCGUGGGCGAGCAGAACGUGGGGCUGGCCAUGCAGGUCAACAUCCAGGGCGUGCACAACGUGCUGGAGGUCAGCAGGCAGUACGGCCUCAAGCUCUUCAUCCCCAGCACCAUCGGUGCUUUUGGCCCCGACUCACCCCGUAACCCGACCCCUGACCUCACCAUCCAGAGGCCGCGCACCAUCUACGGUGUGUCCAAAGUACACGCGGAGCUGAUGGGGGAGUACUACCAUCAUCGGUGUGUGGACUUCAGAAGUCUGCGGUACCCGGGUGUCAUCUCUGCUGAUACCAUGCCUGGUGGCGGUACAACAGACUACGCUCUGACGAUUUUCCACGACGCGCUGAGCACCAAGCAUCACGUGUGCUACCUGCGGCCCGACACGCGGCUGCCGAUGAUGUACGUGGACGACACGCUGCGAGCCACCGUCGACUUCCUGGCCGUCUCCUCCCAACAGCUGAGCAUGCGCACUUACAACGUCAGCGCCUUCAGCUUCACGCCGCACGAGCUGGCCGCCCACAUCCGCAAGUACGUGCCGGACCUGCAGGUCACCUACAAGCCUGACCACCGCCAGGCGAUAGCCGACCAAUGGCCUGAGGUCUUUGAUGACUCACGUGCCCAGCAGGACUGGGGGUGGCAGCCGCGCUACGACGUCGACCUGAUGUGCGACACCAUGAUGCAGGCGCUGCUGCCCAAGUACAGUGGCAGCCAGGUGGUGGAGGCCAUGGAGAAGUAGACAGGUGCACACCGCCACAAACAGCCAGUGGGCUGUGGUAUGGGUAGCAGCAUCGCAACAGUUGCCAUGGAAACAGUCGGGUGUUUGGCUAGUGACGGCGACAGCAAAGGUAGACAACUGUGCUGCCGCAGCUUUGAUCUCAUUUGAGUUACUUCCCUUGCUCCAGCGUCACCCUGCCACGUGACACUGACUACGUCACUGGGGGCCUGGGGUGUGGGGUAGACGUGUGAUGUAUCAUCUCGCUACCCGGACAUUGGUGAACUUGUUGUUAGCUCUUAGCAUCCUGAGAAUUUUAAUCCCUGGGCGCCGACACCUGCAUCACGUGAUCAAGUGGCUUUGUGUCUCUGUCUCUCUGUCUCUCUGCCUCUCCCCCCUGCCCCCACCUAUGAGCACAGCCGCACUUUGACGAGAGCUUCACAGGGUCUCAGCUGUCGCCAUCUUGACGAUGACAUCGAUCACAAAGACAUCGGUUGUCGCCUCGUCUGAUGUUGUUAGAAACUGCUGAGUGUUGCUGAGGUGAGUGUUGACUGUGUGGCGGUUGUUGACUGCUGCAGGUGUGCAAACAAGCACAGACUGCAGGUGUACAAACAAGCACAGACUGCAGGUGUACAAACAAUCACAGGAAGAGCCAGGUGAUCGUCACCUCGUCACUCGCGUUGUAACCGACACUUAUCUGGAUGAUGGGGGUGGAGGGUCUGGAUUGUCGACUCCAUGGCGGGUGUGGGUUUUCUUCUUUUUGACGCUUUAACUGUUGACACGUUACCUGGAGGCCAGGUGUUGGAACAUGGAAAUGUCACCACAGGACUGCAGUCGCUCCCCCCGCCUCAUGUCCAUAGAUGCUGCUAGUGUCAUGUAUGUCAGGGUUAACGUGGGUUCAUGUCGCCAUCUUUGUCAUUUCGUCUCAUUUCUGUCAUCACUUUCCGUGACUGCAUUGAGUGUGUGACAGAUGGCGCUGUCACACCUGUCUCUCGGCGUCUCUGUAUUGUCAGUGAGUGUGUGACAGUUGUAGUUAGCUUGUUACAAACACUUCAAUGGUAGCCGCCAUCUUUAGUACACACGUUGCUCUACAGGUGACAGUGUGACAGUGUGACAGUGUCUGCAGGGACGACUGGUGUCGUCACACGGUGUCAACAACACUCUACUCACUCUACUGUCUGUGUCGGUCAUGUCAGGGUUCACAGAGCAGAGGGCGGAGUCACGUGCAGUCGCUGUGAGGUCGAUGAUGUUGUCUUCAACUCCUGUUGUUUGUAAGAGGCGGGGGCGGUACUUGUUUACAUGUUUACCUUGUUUGUUUGUAGCUUUGCCGUGCUGACAAUGUCCGUAGGUCAAUGAAUGUGACAUGUUGACUACACUGAGCGGAGGUGGUGGUGGUUGUGGUGGUUGUGGUGGUUGCGGUGGUGGUAGUGAGAUAUUGCUUGCUGUGAUGUCAAUAAUAAUCUCAUGUCUCUGUCUCACUUUGCUGACCUCUGGUCGUAUUCUCAGCCGUGAAACAAUAAAGUCUGGCACUCUGUCAGUGCCAUGUACCGGUGA